GUGCCAAAGAAUUAAAUCAUCAUUGCAACAACACUCAUUCUCAUUCUACACUUUCUGCGAUGCGCGGGCAAUGGCCGACAUGACGCCGAUAACAAAGUCUCUACAUAGACUGUGCGUCGAGAACCCGCGAUUCCUAGUUCAACCUUUAUUCUGGACUUCCGAGCACCUCCAAGUGCUUCGCUGCCAUUUCCAGCACCUCGACUCAACCGCCCUCCCUCCCUCCCUCCCACCAUCACCACCGCUCUCGCCCAGCAGCGACACCAAGCCAGAUGACACAGAGCAUUACAUGAAACAGCUUCUCAACGGUCGAUUCGCCUCUGCCAAGUUCGCCGGCUUUGCCUUGCUGAUCCAACCUCAUGGCGUGAUUGACGGCAACGCUCGACCCUACUUCUUCUACAACAAGCUCAGAGCCGAUACGCCAGAAUGUAAAACCUUCAAGAUAGACAACGCACACAAUCUCCAGCAGCGGCCGAUUGUCGGCCACUUUCUGUACGAGAAUCUCGUCGAGCAGCGACGACGGGUCCUCAAGCCUAAGCGUCACCCCGUGAAGGGCGCCUCCAAUGUUCCUGGUGAGAGAAUCUACCAGCGCCAAUUGCGAAACUUGACUCCUGCGUUAUGGUUUGAGGACCCAUACUUGGUCUGCAUUCUGCUGUCUCUGGCUCAACUACAGUGGCGCCGUCGAAAGACGAUGCCAGAAGCCUUCUUCGUCCGAUUGCUAGUAACAAACGCCUCCGACCAAAUGAACGCACAUGUCUUCCGCGCCAAUAUCCCCUCCAAACUCCUCCACGCACUCGACAACCCACUCGACGAUAUUGAUGGCCUCGUCUGGCCAGCGAUACAGCACGUCCAGGUCCCAUUCAAACCACACGAUAGCUUCUCGGAACGGGUGGCGGGACAAUUACUCGCUGGUCUAAAGACCCGCGCUCUCGAAGAGUCGCCGCGUGGAGAGAAGCGCAAGCGUAAUGAGAUGGAUGCCGUAGGGGAAGAGAAGAGCGUCAAGAGCUGGGAUGCGACUGUUCAGCCUGGUGCGGUGCCUGGCUGA